AGACUGGGGCGUAGGAGGAGUGAAGGGGCGAGGGGGGCGGAGGGGAAAGCGGUAAGUAGGGACCACAGGUCCCCUAGUUUAGACAUCACUGAGCGACGGAUGGACAGCCAGUCAGACCCGUCACAGCACUCGCUCGAGUCCUCGGAAACCUCGAGAAAAGCCAAUACUAAGGAGACUUCUCGCUCUUGGAAGUGAUCCAGAGUCAAACCGUUAAUCUCGCUUCGGGCAAUACGAGCAUUAAACGCGAGGAUGUUUCGCGGUUGAAAGAGGUUGCCACGUGAGCGAUACCACCCAGCAUCCCCUGACAAAUAUUACGACGCGAUAAGGACGCGGGAAAAGGACGAUUCGAAACUCUCUGUCUGCGACACGAGGUGUCAACAAGCCAACGAUCUGUGUCAAUGGAAGAUCAGUGAAGAAGUGACACGUGUUGUGAACUUUCGAGCAAAACUUUCCAAAUAGAUGAAACAUCGAAUCGUGAAUCAGUGUCCCGAUCCAGUGAACAUUGAGAUUCGAUAGACUAGAUAUACGCGACGAACGUGAUUUUUCACAAAUAUGAUGACAAUAAAGGCAUCUUAAUCGGAACUCGAUCGUUGAACCGAGCCAAGUUCUUUUAUUUUUUUACAUUGGCAGACGCACGGGCUGGAUUAAGAAGAUCGAAAAAUGAGCGUAGCUCUCGUAACAAUGGAUUCCGCUUACGGCCUUCGACUUGGGAUCGGCAGCCACCAUCACCACCAUCACCAUCACCAUCAUCGGGUACGUUCACCCGAGAGUCACGUGAUCCCUCGGCAGGAUCAGCAACAGGAUCAUAAAGACGAUAUCGAAACGCCAUUAAGAUUCAGCGUGGUAAAUAUCCUGAGACCCGAUUUCGGCCGGGAAGCGAUUCUAAAUACGAAAGCCCCGAAAGCCCAGGCCGCUCUGGUGUCCGGCCACUCGACUACGAUCCCAGUUCCGAUUCCACGUCACAGCCCUCUUUCUCUACCACGUGAUCUGAGCCUGUCGUCGAACCGAUUAUCUCCGACAAGGCCCCAAGCUAACAGUUUCUCGAUGCACAGAGACAGGGAUUUGUUUUCAUCCCAUUGUGGGCUUACGUCACCUCUUCAGAGGAACAGUGGCCUCAGCAGAAGCGGAAGUCUCGAGAGUUUAGCGAGCAGCAGGAGUUCUGUCACCGGAAGCUCCGUAACCGGGGCGCCUUCUUUGGGCUCUACGUCCUCGACCAUCGGCAGCGACUCCUUGAGCGGAGAUAGCAGUUCCGGAAGCACUUCCAAUCCCGCUACCAAUCAAACCGGGCUCAAUGGCCAGAGUCCUUGGCCCGCGUGGGUUUAUUGUACCAGAUACUCGGACAGGCCAUCUUCCGGGCCGCGAACGAGGCGGGUGAAGCGAUCGCACAACGGGAAGAAUGGCUCGCCUGAAGAGAAGCGUCCAAGGACCGCGUUCAGCGCGGAACAACUGGCAAGAUUGAAGAGGGAAUUCGCGGAAAAUCGAUAUCUGACCGAGAGAAGGAGGCAACAACUCUCGAGAGAUCUGGGAUUGAACGAGGCGCAGAUCAAGAUCUGGUUCCAAAAUAAAAGAGCGAAAAUCAAAAAGGCGAGCGGGCAGAAGAAUCCGCUCGCUCUACAACUGAUGGCCCAAGGUCUGUACAAUCACUCGACGGUCCCCGUUGACGAGGAUGGGGAGGAAAUCGUGACUGGAAACAAUCAUUCCCAUUAAUCGAUCAACGAUAAAUAUGGUCCUGAGAGAAGUGUUCACUUCCAAACUAAUAUAAAAAUAAUCAAGGAAGAUCGGAACGGAAUCGCGGAGCUGAUUGUCGAAACGGGAACUCGGGCUAAAAUGGAAGUAGAAAACGCGUGUUUAACGAUAUUUUAAGUGGUCUUCGGCAUUUACCGGUCGACGCGAUAAGAUCUUGGUCUAAUUCUUAACUGCAUUACUAGCGAUUACCAAAUAAUUUUCUAUUUUACGAUUAGUUUAACGAUAAAUGCAGCAAUAAAUCUUGAAUCACGGUGAAAUCUCGGGCGAUUUGUAGGUUGGAAAGAGAGAGAAAGAGAGAGAGAAAAGCGGAAAGUUUGACGUUCGUUAUUUUGUACGAUCGUCAUGGCCGCAGACUGAACCCAUUAUAUUUAUCGACUGUAUGCAUAUCGGCAUAGAUACGAUUCUAGUAAGUACACACAAGUUCGCGGAGUACGAUCAUUAUCGAUUAGACGUUUAAAUUAUUUAUUUUCUUUGUAUAUAAUUGUAAAUACGAAUGGUCGUUGUGUAUAUGUAUGAUACAAGAUAAUCUUUAAUUGCCGCGCGAAAGAUUAUAUUAUUGCGUAUGUACGGAGCUGCACACGGUCGCGUGAAUACGAAAAGAUCUCACAUUGUAUAUUCCUAAUUAUCCAUAUGUGUAUAUAUAUAUAUAUAGUAGAUCUUUCUAUACAUAUUCUAUAUACAUAUAUUAUAACCGUGUAGACAGACUUGGAAAGUAUGCGUAUAUACCAGUGUCUCACAAUACAGUGGUCGAUAUAAUCUAUGUAACCCGCUUACAUGUUGCCACCGAUUAAAUCGAAUUAAAAAUA